AUGCUGUUCUGGCACACGCAGCCCGAGCACUACAACCAGCACAGCUCCAGCAGCUACCUGCGGGAUGUGCUCGCUCUGCCCGUCUUCAAGCAGGAGGACCCCCAGCUGUCCCCGGAGAAUGAGGCCCGCCUGCCACCCCUGCAGUACGUGCUGUGCGCUGCCACGUCCCCGGCCGUGAAGCUGCACGAAGAGACACUGACCUACCUCAACCAAGGUCAGUCUUAUGAAAUUCGACUGUUGGAGAAUCGGAAGCUGGGAGACUUUCAAGAUCUGAACACAAAGUACGUCAAGAGCAUCAUCCGCGUGGUUUUCCACGACCGCCGGCUGCAGUACACGGAGCACCAGCAGCUGGAGGGCUGGCGGUGGAGCCGGCCCGGGGACCGCAUCCUGGACAUCGAUAUUCCACUGUCUGUCGGUAUCUUGGACCCCAGGGCCAGCCCGACCCAGCUGAACGCAGUCGAGUUUUUGUGGGACCCUUCGAAGAGAGCCUCUGCGUUCAUUCAGGUGCACUGUAUCAGCACAGAGUUCACCCCCAGGAAGCACGGGGGUGAGAAGGGCGUGCCUUUCCGGGUGCAGAUUGACACAUUUAAGCAGAACGAGAAUGGGGAGUACACCGAGCACCUGCACUCGGCCAGCUGCCAGAUCAAGGUGUUCAAGCCGAAGGGAGCAGACCGGAAGCAGAAGACUGACCGGGAGAAGAUGGAGAAGAGAACCGCCCAAGAGAAGGAGAAGUACCAGCCGUCUUAUGAAACCACCAUUCUCACCGAGUGCUCUCCGUGGCCCGACAUGAACUACCAGGUGACCAGCGCCCCGUCCCCAAGCUACAACGGCUCUCCAAACAGCUUCGGCCUUGGCGAAGGCAACAGCUCGCCGACUCACCCCCACCCGGUGGAGGCCCUGCCCGUGGGCAGUGACCACCUGCUCCCGUCCGCCUCCAUCCAGGACGCCCAGCAGUGGCUGCACCGCAACCGGUUCUCGCAGUUCUGCCGGCUGUUCGCCAGCUUCUCCGGUGCUGACUUGCUGAAGAUGUCGCGAGAUGAUUUGGUCCAGAUCUGUGGCCCCGCAGAUGGGAUCCGGCUCUUCAACGCCAUCAAGGGCAGGAAUGUGAGGCCAAAGAUGACCAUUUAUGUCUGCCAGGAGGUGGAGCAGAGCCGGGCGCCGCUGCAGCAGAAGAGGGACGGUGGCAGGGACAACAGUCUGUGUGUGUACCAUGCCAUCUUCUUGGAAGAGCUGACCACCUUGGAGUUGGUUGAGAAGAUCGCCAGCCUGUACAGCAUCUCCCCACAGCACAUCCACCGAGUCUACCGGCAGGGGCCCACGGGCAUCCACGUGGUGGUCAGCAACGAGAUGGUGCAGAAUUUCCAGGAUGAAUCCUGUUUUGUCCUCAGUACCUUAAAAGCCGAGAGCAGCGAUGGCUACCACAUCAUCCUGAAGUGCGGCCUCUGA